AUGAGUUCAAAGCGUGAUAUUGAAGCUAAUACAGAUUUGAAUUCCAUUACUUACAUACCCACAUUUCCAGAGCCGUUUGAACGUGACAACUCUCAUACGACCGCUUCGUUUGUUUCCAUUCAAAUUAGAUUAUUGGUUGCAUCCGUUACUGAAGAAAAUUUCCUGGACACAGAGCAUCAGAUCUACUACUUAUUACAAAGAGGAUCGUUUUCUGUUUAUAUCUCAUACUGGAAACUUCUUAUACAGCUAUUCGUAAACGAAUUCGAAGCACAACAGCAGAAAAGGGACCUAAACCUUCCAUUCCGAUUCGAUUUUUCUAACCUUGUUCAUCGAUUGUUAUACAACCUUGCACAAGAGCUUAUCACAAGGACUCCUGAUACUAUCGAAAAAGUUAAAGAGUUAGCUUUACCACUUUCUGGAAAAUAUCCAAUUCGCCCUCUUUUUUUGUCUUUUCUUAAUAAAGAUAACGAAAGCGACAGCGCUAUUAUUGAGGCAUUGAACCCGGAAGUACACCCAAUCUUUACAACUUUGAAAGAUCUUCACAGAACAAACAUGAGCGUAUCUAAUAUUACCCAGAACUUGUUCGCGGUUGAAAAUAAACCAAACUUUCUGACUAUGCUUUCAGAGUUUUUGAAGCCUCUUCAAGGGGAGACUUUAAACGACUGGAUUGCAUUAAUUCUAUCAGAGAUUUUGGCACCCGGAUCUCAAACUUCCAACCAACCGUCACAACCGUGGAUAGUACAAGUACCAAAUGUUGACGUAAGAGAAGUGAUCGAGGCAACAGAAAUGGGUACCAAAGUCAAUGGAAUCAUAAAAUCGUUGGGUACCAACAACGUCAAUUGGAAUCGAGUGUUCAACCUCAUGUCAACGAAAUUCUUCUUGAACAAACCAGUCAAUGCAACUCUAUCAUCGUUGAAUUAUCUAUUUUGCAUUUUAAACAGUGGUCCCUUGGUUGAUCAAUUUUUCGCAUGUGAUUGGAGUUUGUAUUUCAAACUACGGUUAUCAUUUUUAAUGUACCAAUGGAACUAUAACUCUGAAUGUUUGGAUUUAUCAAGUCUUCCAAAUAUCAAGAAAAUCAACAAAUCAAUUCCUUUGACGAAAAAAUCACAGCUUUCAUUGAUCUCAGUUGGAAAAUUGAAUAUCGAACUUUUCUUAUCCAGGGAUGAAAUUUCAAAGAACCCGUUGUUUUCCUCUUUCCAUGCCUCGUUUUCAGAAGCUUAUAACAAUGUUCCUGAAUACUUAGCCGCUGUACUGAUUUCCGAAUCCAAAUACUUUUCCCUGCUUGUUGAUAAUAAGUCAAUUAUUGAUGAGCUAUUAAUUUCUCUUGUAAUAAAGACCUACGAAAACAAUGUUAUUGCAUUCAAAGAACUACUCAAAUUGGUUUCCAAACAAAAAGUUAUCGAGGUUAGCAGAGGUAUCAUAGCAUCACAAAACGCUCAAACCAUAAACUUAGUUCAGGCUUUACACGAUUUGGGCAUUUUGGAUGAAGUAUUUGAGAAGUUGCCGAUCAGGGACUCCCUAAAACUAUCUCCUACAGCUAUGCAUCUCGGGUAUUUGAAAUUCUCCGAAUAUAUUGAAAGAAACAUCACCUUGAAAACUUUCGUACCAACAUUAGACUUUAUAGAGGCUCAAACGAACAUUGAUGAACUGGACCCUGCUUUGAAAUCUGUAAAAUUGUUAAACCUUCAUUCCUUGCACAGUUUGAUUUACCGCACGGCGAAUUUGAAAUUAUCUGCAGACGAAAGGGUCGCCUUAAACAACGUCAUAUUUAAGGCUCUAAUCAGCUUUCCAAGAUUGAUCAAUUAUGGAUAUGGUCAUGAUGAUGCCAUCGUCGCAAAUGGGGACCAUGCUCCUAUUCCACAGGAUGUUGAAAAGAAAAUGCAAACAUAUCUUCAGAAGAUGUAUAACAAGGAAAUGGCUAUCAAAGAUAUUGUUGACAUCUUGCGUAAGUUGAGGGACAGUGAUGACAGCAACGAUCAAGAUAUUUUCUGUUGCAUAAUUCACGCUGUCAUAGCUGAAACGACAUUUUUCAAAGAGUACCCAUUAGAAGCUUUGGCAACAACUUCAGUUUUAUUUGGAUCCAUGAUCUUGUUCGACUUACUUAGAGGAUUUGUUCUGGAUGUGGCUUUCCAAAUCAUCUACACUUUUGCUAGUGAAAGCCCUGAUUCCAAAAUGUUCAAGUUUGCUGUGCAGGCAUUGUAUGCAUUCAGAAUGCGCCUUAACGAGUACUCUCCAUUCUGUAAGCGUUUGCUAGACGAGAUUCCAGGUUUGCAGACUCAACCACAAAUUCAACAGAUUUUGACAGAAUCAGCUGCAAAUCCAAACGUUUCGAUUCCAGAGCAAAAGGCUCCAGCCUUAGUAGAGUUGAAUUACUUUAACAUCAAUGAGGUCAUCAGUCCAGUAACACAAGAGGUUCCGCCUAGAGAAGUUACUGAGGCAAUCUUAUUCAACGUAAACAACAUAACAAUGAGUAAUUUUGACACGAAGAUCGUCGAAUUAAAAGCUCUUUUGGAAGAAAAAUACUACCAAUGGUUCUCGAAUUAUUUGGUAAAUCAGAGAUCCAAAACUGAACCAAAUUAUCAUCCCUUAUAUGCUAAAAUGUUAAAAAUAAUCGAUUCAAAGACUUUACAUGCAUAUAUGUUGAACUUCACCUAUAAACAAUUGUUUAUUAUGUUGUCAACUAAAGAAUUGGGACAAACUGAAAAGACUCACAUGAAAAAUUUAUCCUCAUGGUUAGGUUCAAUUACGCUUUCUCUUGACAUACCAAUAAAACAUAAGCAUAUUGCUUUUAGAGAGCUAUUGUUAGAUGCCCACAAAAAUGAUAGGUUAACUGUAGUUAUUCCGUUUGUUGCCAGGAUUAUAAUGCAGAGUAAGGACUCAAAAGUGUUCUGUCCUCCUAAUCCAUGGACAAUGGGUAUUUUAAAACUCCUACUAGAGCUUAAUCAGAAGACUGACUGGCCUUUGAGUUUGUCCUUUGAAGUUGAGGUCCUGUUCAAGCAUUUGAAUUUACAAUUUGAUGACAUUUCUCCUUCUAACUACUUGGAUAUUCCUGAUGCUGCUGAAUAUCUAUCAGGUAAUUUGAGAGCAUUGAGCGUAGAAAAGCAACAACUGGAACAACAACAGCAACUGCUAUUAAUGCAACAGUACCAACAACAAUUGAUGUUAUUACAGCAAAGACACCAGCAACAUCACCCUCAACAACAGCAGCCACAGCAGCGCAUUAUCUCGAAUGGCUAUGGGAAUGCUAUGAAUGAUCAAGCAAGCCUAGAAACUUCAGAUGCCCCUCAUAGUAGCUUAGUUGGUAAUUCUGUCUUUGUGACACAUCCUGACUUAAAGAGGCUCUUCCAGAUGGCUGUGUCAAAGUCGGUUAGAGAAAUCUUAAUUCCUGCGGUUGAGAAGGCAGCAAAUAUGGCAGUUCAAUCCACUGUCAAUAUUGUUUUGAAGGACUUUGCAACUGAAGUUGAUGAGCAAAAGCUAAAAACAGCUGCCAUUAACAUGGUUCAAUACUUGGCCCAAAAUGUUGCACAUUCUAUUUCUGUUCCAUUGUUGAAGGACACCAUCAGAAACACCACACAAUCAUUGACUCCAAAUCUCAUUAAUAUGACCAAUUCUCCGAUAGCCGAAUUAAAUACAGCUAUCGAUGAUAAUAUCGCCAUUGCAGUGUCACCAAUAGAGAAAGCUGCCGUGGAAAGAGCCAUUCAAGAGGUUAAUGAAAAAUUGGUGCAAGCUGUUGCCGUUCGUCGUUACCAUUUGGAGCGCAGAUCAGAUCAGCCAUUUGUUGCACAAAACAUCAACCGUUUCUCUUUGAAUUUACCUGAUCCACUCGGUUUGAAGCCAACCGGUGUAACUCGUGAACAAUUCAGUUUAUAUGAACAGUUCCCAGCUAGCAUGCCUUCCGACAGUAGCAGAAGCCCACUUGAAACAAUUUUGGCUCAACAAAAGCAGCAACAACAACAGCAGCAACAACAGCAACAACAACAACAGCAGCAACAACAGCAACAACAACAACAACAACAACAACAGCAACAACAACAACAACAACAGCAACAACAACAACAGCAACAGCAACAACAGCAACAACAGCAACAGCAACAGCAACAACAGCAACAGCAACAGCAAAUACUAUUACAACAACUUCAACAGAACCAGAACCAAGCAGCACCUCAAAACAUGCUCAAUAUUGCAGGAGCCUUCCCUCCUCAAACCCAGCCACCUCAACAAGCAAUUUCCGCAGCGCAUUCUGAGUUAGAGCAGAACCACAGAGUUCUAUUACAAUUGAUGGACACUUUAGUAUCUCAAAUAAAGGAUUAUAGCGAAGAUGUUGAGUUCAACUUGCAAAACGACAGUACUAUCAAAAAUACUAUCGUAGAAAUACUCUCGUUUAUUUCAAGAAGUAAUCAAAAAGAUCAACUUUCUUUGAAAGUUUCCCAAGCUGUUGUCAAUAGCCUUUUUGGAUCAAAUGAAAGUAAGUUGUGCAGAGAUGUGCUUUCUUUAUUGCUAGAAAAGCUAUGUUCUUUGUCAAUAGUUGCCAGAAAAGAUGUAGUGUGGUGGCUAGUGUACGCUCUUGAUCCUCGUAAGUUCAAUGUACCUGUCGUUCGUUCUCUACUCGAGGUCAACCUUAUUAAUAUUGCUGAGUUUGAUGCAGUGCUUGUCACCGCUAUGAAGAAUGGUAUGGCAGGUGCAACUGAAUUUUCGAUGAAUUUAAUUCGUGAUACAGUUAUGGCGGACUCACCAAUUCUUAUGAGAUUAGACUUCAUCAGAAUCCUCGGAUAUUUACGUACCAUAAACACCCCUGAGAUAAAGGCAUUCUUGGAGGAGUACGAACAAUGUAGGGCUGUUCCCGUGUCCAAGACUACAUCAAUAACUAAAGUAGAACGGUACUACCUUGUGUUCACAGAAUGGGUAAAGUUACAACAAAGAGUGGAAACUGAUGAUGUAGUUAACAUUGUGUUCAUCAGGCAGUUGUUCGAAAAAGGAGUUAUCGACUCCAAGGAGAAAGUCAUUGAAUUUAUCAAGGCAGCACUGGAAUUAUCUGUAAACUCCUUCAAACAGAGUGACCCUACAGGUGAAGUCUUCACUUCCAUAGAUGCAUUGAGCAGACUCAUAACUUCCUUGUUGGUUGUGCAAGAACUGAACGUCGAAGAAAGAAAAGAAUACUUGAACUUGCUACUAUCUGUAGUAACUCUAGUUUUUGCCAAAGAUCACCAAACUAAUAUGACAUCCUUCAAUGAGAGACCAUACUUUAGGUUAUAUUCCAGCUUACUAUCAGAUUGGGAUAAAUUACGUGAUCACCAUUUCAUUAGAGUGUCUGAUUCUGUUGUAAGAAAAUCUUUAAUCGAAUUUGAUCAAUAUUUCUUUGAUAUAUUCGCUUCGUUCUUGCAUAGCUACCAACCUAUAGCGUUCCCAGGUUUCUCAUUUGCGUGGAUUACAUUGAUCUCUCACAGAAUGUUCUUACCUAAAGUUCUGAGAUCCAAGGAAUUAUACGGAUGGGAUAAACUAGUUUUGCUAUUGAUUGAUUUGAUGAAGUUCCUAUCUCAGUAUAUCAAAAAGGAUAACGUUCCAGAUUCUAUCUCAGUCAUCUACAAAGGUGCCUUAAGAAUAUUCUUAGGUAUUUCCAAUGAUGUUCCUGAAUUCUUGAUUCAGAAUCAUUACAAAUUAGUCAAGAAUGUGCCUCCAACUUGUAUUCAACUGAGAAAUAUCAUUUUGUCAGCCAUUCCUAAAAAGAUGAUGAUUCCAGAUCCAUUUGUCUCCGAAAUCACCGAAGAUAACUGUAAGGAUAUUCCACAGGUGUUCUAUGAUCCUUCUCAAGAUCUGAAAUCGUUAAAGAAGCCUAUUAUCAACUACUUAAGAAUCCCAUCUUCCUCAUUGUUAAGAACCAUUUGUGGAGGUAUGUUCAGAACUGAACUUGAAUAUGAGAAUGGUAUCGGGUAUGAUGAGAACAAUGUUGAUGUCAACUUGAUUCACGCAAUUGUUACCCAUGUUGCCGUGGAAGUUGGAUUGGAAGUCGAGAAAGCCUCCAAAAACGCAGUGUUCAACGUGAAAUCUUCCUACUAUACUCUUCUAUUCGGACUUCUAUCCGACGGGAACGACGAAGUGAAAUUCCAUAUCAUUCAAGCCAUGGUAAACCAGUUGAGAUACCCUAAUGUACACACUCAUUGGUUCAACUUUGCAUUGAAGCUAAUGUUCCAAUCUGAUCAAUGGCCUGAUGAUCAAUUGUCUACCAUUCAAGAGAUCAUCUUGAGAUCAUUAUUGGAAAGAAUCAUCGUCAACAAACCUCAUCCAUGGGGUGUUGUAGUGACGUUCAUGGACCUACUAAAACUUGAAGGAACCAAAAUGAUCGAAAAGCCAUUCAUUAACGACAUUCCUGAGAUUCAUGCUAUCAUGAAGAAUCUACAAAAGUACGCUCUUACAAGCUCUUCCUGA